AUGCCGACCAGAAAAUUAGCUAAGUGGCAAAUGUUGCUGAGUGAGUAUGAUAUUGUGUAUGUGACUAAGAAGGCGAUAAAAGCACAAGCUUUGGCUGAUCAUAGGCAAAAUAUACCGUUGAUGAAGAGUAAAGGUAUUGGAGCAGUCUUAGUGUCAGAGUAUAGUCAACACUAUCCCAUGGCGGCUAAAUUCCGAUUUAAUUGCACGAACAACAUGACCGAAUACGAAGCUUGUAUUCUUGGUUUGAGAAUGGCCAUUGACAUGAACAUCCACAAGAUAUUGGUGAUUGGAGAUUCAGAUCUAUUGAUUCAUCAGGUUCAUGGAGAGUGGUCCGUGAAGAACUCGAAUAUUAUACCUUACGUACAGUAUGUACAGAAGUUGUGCAAAAGAUUUCACGAGAUCGAGUUCAGACAUACUCCCAGAACACAAAAUGAGUUGGCCGAUACUCUUGCCACCAUCGCUUCAAUUAUUAAAUAUCAAGAUACUGAUUAA